AUGAUAGAGAAGACACAGUGUGAGAAAAAGGGAAACAUGGAGGGUGAAGAAACUGAGAUGAAACAACAAUCCAGGUUCAAGAGGAUUUGUGUGUUCUGUGGAAGCAGCCCUGGGAACAAGAGUAGCUAUAAGGAUGCUGCUAUUGAGCUUGGGAAAGAGUUGGUGUCAAGAAAUAUUGAUCUGGUUUAUGGAGGAGGCAGCAUUGGUUUGAUGGGGUUGGUUUCUCAAGCUGUUUAUGAUGGGGGUCGCCAUGUAAUUGGAGUUAUUCCCAAGACACUCAUGCCAAGAGAGAUUACUGGAGAGACAGUGGGGGAAGUGAUGGCAGUAGCAGACAUGCAUCAAAGAAAAGCAGAGAUGGCUCGCCACUCUGAUGCCUUUAUUGCCUUACCCGGUGGCUACGGUACACUUGAGGAGCUUCUUGAGGUGAUAACUUGGGCACAGCUUGGCAUCCAUGAUAAACCAGUGGGGUUGCUGAAUGUAGAUGGAUACUACAAUUCCUUGUUGUCUUUCAUAGACAAAGCCGUGGAGGAAGGCUUCAUUAACCACAAAGCUCGCCACAUAAUUGUAUCAGCCCCAUCAUCAAAAGAGCUUGUCAAAAAGCUUGAGGAGUAUUUCCCACAACAUGAAAGAGUUGCCUCUAAGCUAAGCUGGGAAACUGAGCAGAUAGAUUACUCCUCAAGUUGUGACAUGUCUAGGUGA